GGGUCCCUCGGCACCUUGCUCCCUCUAAACCGCCGCCACCGCCGCCUCUUCCUCCUCCUGCUACUGCUCCAACCCUACCGCCGCCCCGGCAGCACAGCCCGUCCGCCAUGUACCGGUACUUCGGCGCCCCGGCGGUGGCGUUUUGGAAAGGCGGCCAGCCGGAGCACCACUUCCUCGCCGGCAAGGCCUCUGAGGCUCAGGCAGCUCCGGCGGCGACUGACGCGUUUACUGUUCCCGAUUGGAUCAGUUGGUUUGCUGCCUCCGAUCCCCAGCUCGACGCACAGGUAGCAGCUAUGGAAGCUCCAAAUGGAAUGGCACCAGCAGCUGCAGCCACAGCCAUGCACCAUGCAGAGUUUAAUGCCCAUUUCAGCCAUCCUCUGCCAAGGAAUGCUCUAAGGAAGUUCGUCAAGAAAAUACCCAAGGUUGUGCAGCCAGUAACCUGUCAAGUGUGCAACAUGCAGUUCGGCUCCGUAAAUAAUAUCAGGAGCCAUAUAACAGGUAACAAGCACAAGAAGAAUUUGGAAAAGUUACAAGACUCGAUCACGCCUAAAGUAGCAGAGAUUCCAGACGGUGCUGUUGCUGUACAUCGAACAAAGAGAAAGAGGCUGGAGAAACCAGUACCCUGUGAACUAUGCAAGUUGCAGUUGACCUCCAUAAAUGAAUUCAGGAGCCAUGCAGCAGGUAAGAAGCACAAGAUGAAUUUGGAAAUGUUAAUAGACUCGAUGACGCCUAAACUAGCAGAGCCUCCAAACGGUGAUGUUGGAGAUAGUACAGAAGCUGCUGCUGCUGUCAUUGAUGGCAUGAUACCAGCUGCACAGCCAAUGGAAAAUAAGAGCCCCGCAGCAACCCCGGAAGAUCUGGAGGCUGGAGCACCUGAAGGUGAACUGAAAGUCUGCACGGUGUCAAAUGUUGUCAAGAAAAUACCCAAGGUUGUGCAGCCAGUAACCUGUCAAUUGUGCAACAUGCAGUUGGGCUCCGUAAAUAAUAUCAGGAGCCAUAUAACAGGUAACAAGCACAAGAAGAAUUUGGAAAAGUUACAAGACUCGAUCACGCCUAAAGUAGCAGAGAUUCCAGACGGUGCUGUUGCUGUACAUCGAACAAAGAGAAAGAGGCUGGAGAAACCAGUACCCUGUGAACUAUGCAAGUUGCAGUUGACCUCCAUAAAUGAAUUCAGGAGCCAUGCAGCAGGUAAGAAGCACAAGAUGAAUUUGGAAAUGUUACAAGACUCGACGACGCCUAAACUAGCAGAGCCUCCAAACGGUGAUGUUGGAGAUAGUACAGAAGCUGCUGCUGCUGUCAUUGAUGGCAUGAUACCAGCUGCACAGCCAAUGGAAAAUAAGAGCCCCGCAGCAACCCCGGAAGAUCUGGAGGCUGGAGCACCUGAAGGUGAACUGAAAGUCUGCACGGUGUCAAAUGUUGUCAAGAAAAUACCAAAGGUUGUGCAGCCAGUAACCUGUGAAGUGUGCAAGAUGCAGUUGGCAUCCGUAAAUGAUAUCAGGAGCCAUGAAACAGGUAAGAAGCACAAGAAGAACUUGGAAAAGUUACAAGACUCGACGACGCCUAAACUAGCAGAGCCUCCAAACGGUGCUGUUGGAGCAAGUACAGGACCUUCUGCUGCUGUCGCUGAUGGCAUGAUACCAGCUGUACAGCCAGUGGAGAAUAAGAGCCCCGCAGCAACCCCCGAAGAUCUGGAGGCUGAAGCAGCUGAAGGUGAACUGAAAAUCUGCACGGUGUCCAAUGUCGUCAAGAAAAUACCAAAGGUUGUGCAGCCAGUAACCUGUGAAGUGUGCAAGAGGAAGUUUACCUCCGUAAAUGCUAUCAGGGACCAUGAAAGAGCUAAGCACAAGAAGAAUUUGGAAAAGUUACCAGACUCGAUCACGCCUAUACUAGCAGAGUCUCCAAAUGGUACUGUUGGAGCAAGUACAGAACCUGCUGCUGCUGCUGCUGUCACUGAUGGCGUGAUACCAGCUGUACGUCCAAGGAAGAGAACGGGCCCCGCAGCAACCCGAGAAGACCUGGAGGCGAAGAAGAGGCGAGUGAUUGAGCAGGGAGUAGCUUAAGGUGAAAUGAAAAUUUGCACGAUGUGCAAUGUCGUGGCCAUUGACCAGAGGUCUUAUGAGAAGCACACAGCUGGGCUGAAUCACAAAGCUGCAAAAGCAGCAGCGACCGCAGCUUCCCGAUGUAGCCUGAGAUGAAGAGCGGCUCGACUCUUCUAUUUUUCCCAGCGUUUGUUUCAGUUCUUUCAAAGGGUCAAUAGAACAUCACAAAUUCAUGCCUUUUGCUGUGUUGGUAGUUUAUCUUAGGGCAUCUCCAACCCAGACCUAGCGGCCUGACACAUAGUGAGCGGGUUGUCUGCGGAGACGCAAACGCGUCGCGAAUUUGACUCGUGUUUGCGUCGCGCGGAAUGACUGCGUUGGUCGCAUCUGGGCUCACUGGGCAGUGAUAAAGUUAAACAAAACAGUUCCUCGUUCGAAUUUCAAGACAAACUUUGUUGAUCAUAAAGUUGAGCAAUAAAAUCUUGAUUAUAUAUGUAA